AGGGAGGGAGAGAGAGCAACAGCCCAGGCCGAGGGGAAGAAAGUUAGGUCACCGGAGGCGAUCACCCUGAUCAAAGAUUUCAUGCAAAUUUCGCCGCUGGGGUGUCACCUUUAGGUUCGAGCUUCCAUUUUCUUCCUUCAGAUACGCAGUUGCUUGUGACCCACUAUUUAUUGUCGCAAUUGGAGUGCAGCUUGCCCCUCGCGAGCUUUAAACCCUAGUCCUUGCAUUGGAUAGCUUCAGAAGGGUUGCGCGAGAUGGCGAAGAAGGAAGAGGAUGAGACCCGCACUGGGAAGAAGCGCCGGGAGAUGCCGGCUCAGGUUGUGGAGAGCGAUGAUGAGAGCGAGGAGAGUGACGAUGACGUGAUGGGGGAUGAAUUUGAGGGGCUGGCUGAAGAGUUGGACAGUGACGAGGAGGACGAGGUGGUUGGCGAGAGCGAUGAGGAAGAAGACGAAGAUGAAGACGAGGAGGAGAUGCCUGAGGGAGUGAGGAGGUUGAUGGGGCGGAUCAUGCAGCGCUCAAGUGGGAAGCAGUUGGCGCGGAAAGAAGCGGGGAUGUGUUCGGAGGAAUCGGAUAUGGACUCCAUGGAAGGUAGCCGGAGUCGGAGUGAGGAGGAUUUGCGUGAUAUAGGCAGUGCAAGGAGGUUGGAUGAUGAUGACGAUACAGGGGAUAGCGCUUGGAAAGUGACAGAGGUCGAGGCAGAAGGGGGCGGCUCUGGAAAUCCUGCGCCCAGUUCCAGCUUGGCGGCGGACUUGGUAGCUGAUACGGAGAAAAGGGAUGAGAUUGCGACUGGGAGUGGCACCAGCAAUUUUGCUCCGGCGGAGGGCUCGGAUGGUAAAGAAGACGAGAGUGAAGGAGAGGAUGUGAUGGAGACCGAUGAUGAGGGUGAGGGUGAGGACAAUGACGAAGGUGAAGUGGGGAGUCAGAGUGAGGAAGAGGCUUCAGUAUCGCUAGAUGGCGGGUCUGACAGCGAGGCGGGUAGUGAUGGUAAAGAUGACGCUACAAAAUCUUCUGCUUAUAGUCGCGCCUUCAGUAAAAUUCUGCAAAGCAAAGCAGCCAAGGAGUCCGAUACUGGACCCGUAUUGGCAGCAAGGCAGACACUUGUUGCCAGGAAACUUAAUGAGGAAGCGGAGGAUACUAAGGAGAAGAAAGAAAGUAAAAAGGAAAAAAGAGAGCUUCGAGAGAAGGCACACCUGAUUCCCCAGACAUAUGCGAAUACUAAAGAAAAAGAACUCGUAAAGUUGGCGACAAGAGGAGUGGUGAAGCUUUUCAACGCGGUAAGUAAAGCCCAGAAGGUGCAAGCCAGUGGAGACGGUCGGGACGCUAAAGUGGUUGCCAAGCAGAGCAAGUCGGUCUUUUUAGCUGAAGUUAGAGGCAACUCCAGUUCUGCCGGUGUCGGUAGUAAACGGGGUUUGCUCUCAUCCUCAACACAGCCUUUCAAGUUUGGAGCAGUUGAAGCGCAGAAUCAGCCAACAUCUCGGUGGUCUGUUGUUAAAGAUGAUUUUAUGCUUGGUAAACAGAAGCUGAAAGAUUGGGACAAGGAUGAGGAGAUGGGCGAUGCAACAGAAGUUUAACUAGUGAACAACCGAAUCGCUGGAGGCCGGAGAUUGGACGUUGAUGAUAAUGAUUGAUCCGAAUCAGAGGCUCCUAUUUUGUCGAGAGCACCACAUUACUCGAGUGUUGCUAGUUUUGAUGAUCAAUGUAUUUGUUCCAGCUAAUGUUCAUCGACUAGUCAUUCUAGCUGCUGUUCUUUUGAUGAGGAAUCACUUCAAAUGGCAUUUGGCAGUGGCUGUGCAGAUUCAUAGCAACUCCAGAUAUGGUCAGUUUCCAUCUACUGGACUUUUUGAGAGACAUUCGUAUUAUCUAUUUUCAUAGAUUACAUCUGCUGCUUGGUAGAGUAGAUUUUUGCUCCAUAUAAGAUUCCAGCCAAAAAAUUAGUAUCUUCAUUUAACUGAGUCAAUCGGGGAUUAUGUAAAUGCUGAUAUGGCACCCCUUCCUGGGUUAAUUCAGAAGAUACCACCAAUCAACUUCUUGAAUCCUGGACCUAGCAAAAAGUAUGUUCUAAAGGUGUUUACGGGAGUCACGUGUUAUUGAAUCAGAAGUUAUGGAUUUUAUAUUUCAGAUCA